AGACUCGACCUUGGUUAACUAUGGAAAUAAACAUGAAAAUUGUCAAUUCUAAUGUUUCCUUGAAUCUUUCAACAGAAGUAAUUGUUCGUAAUCGACAUGGAAGAAUCUAAAGACAAGGAAAACAAUAAUCAAACAAUAGAUAAUCGAGUUAGGAAGCGGUACCAGCAGUUGAUUGAAGAAGGAUCCCUCGAAAUUGGUGUUUGUCCUUUCAUUGAUCCGAAUGUGCCUCCAGAAUGGUUUGACGAAUCAAAAUUUAAAAGAGCUCAGAAAACUGCUGAUAAAUAUCUGAUCAGUUUAAAAUGGGCUUCUUUUUCCGGCCUUAUUCUUGGAAUUCAAAUUCCACUGUUUUUGGAACCUCUUUUAACAAAUGGAAACCAUGACUCUGUUUCCAAAUUGUUCAAACGUUAUCUGGAUACAGAUAUGAAAGUGUCAUCCUGGUAUGAAAAUGAUCCCUUCGAUGAAUCCGGUGAAGCAUACAAAUCAUUGAGGAAAGUACGAGCAAUGCAUAAAUCAAUAUUCAAAACAAUGAAUAAUUUAACCAGUCGUUCCAUUGGAUCGCAACGUCUUUGGGUAUCUCAAUGCCAAAUGGUAUUAACUCAAGCAGGUUUCUUUGGUCUGUUAAUUACUCACACCUCAUCUUGUUUUGCUCAUGGAAUAAGCGAUUCCGAGUUGGAAGACAUUAUCUAUUUAUGGCGAGUAUUGGGUUAUCUUAAUGGGAUUCAAGAUAAAUACAAUCUAUGCACAUAUGAUAAUUUAGAGGAUACUCGAGCCUAUCUCCUUUACAUUGCAGAUCAAUUUUUAACACCUCAAGUUUCCCUGACUCCUCAUCAUCCCUACCCGAUAGGAUUCCAAGUGGCCGAAGGUGUUGCUCAAGCAUUUCGUCCUGUUGUUCGUAUACGAUGGCAAGUGUUCAUAGCUUAUUGGUAUAAUAUUUUAGGAUUAUCUUUUACCUCGGCAUUCAAGCUAUCUUGGUUUCACUGGACUCUACUUCAAUUCACUAAAUUUGUUUUCAACUGGGUUUUACGAUUUCGUUUCGUCUAUAAUCUGGUAAAUGAUAUGAGCAAAAAAAGGGUAAAAUGGGGUCGAUAAGAAUCGCUCAAUGAUUGGAAAUCAGCUGCAAAUCAAGUACAAUGGUAAACACUUUUCUCCUGGUUCCUGUCCCUAUGCAGUUACACUAGAUUCACUCGACCAUCAUCAAGUCAAUCCUUAUAGCCAUCAUCUUAAUAAUAAUCAAAAUGAAAUCAUUUUACCAAUUGAUUCUGCUCAAUGAAAUAUGGAUUUGACUUGAUGAUAAAUCAAUGAAAAACUGGUAUUGAUACUGGUAAGGUGUAUUGAAAAUUUCAUCUGGUCGAUUUGAAAUUUAAAUUCAAUAUCUGUUGAAUACUUAUUUAAUGUUGUCUUUUGGAAGCAUAUUUUUUAAACAGCUAUAAUAACGUUUUAUUACAACUCAUAGGAUUAUAAACGAGAUCAUUUAAUUUCAUUGUCAAAUCGAUUUGUUUCAUUUGAUGAUUCAAACAAUGUCUAAAAAAUAUCAAAAACUGGAAAGCUUCAGUUGACUCAACUAUUUGCUUGACUCAUCUAUUGUAUCAUUAUGCACUUUUUAAAAUUGACUGUUAAAUAUUUAUAAUUUUAGUUUUUGUUAACUCACUCAUAUUUUGUUGUGAUAUUUUGUUGUUCAAUUGUGUUUUCAACAACAACUUGAUCAAUUGUUCAUUGCUAAUUCCAAUGAGCAAUUCUGAACGGCUACAAAUUUGUAUUUCACAUUUAGACUCAACUAAAUCAAACCUGAAGAGGAUUAAUAAAGUAUUAUUUAGUUUUAUAAA